UCCUCUGCCAAAACUAUGGACUCCUUCACCAUGAUCAUGCCGACAUACAAACGGACAGACAUCAUGCUGAAGCUUCUCCAGCAUUACCAGGCAGUGCCUCAACUCAAGCAUAUUGUGGUUGUGUGGAACAACAUUGGACAGGAGCCACCGCGGAAGACGUGGGAGUCCCUUGGUCCCCAUCGUGUCUCGGUACUGUUCAAGGAGCAAACGCUUAAUCGGGUGAACAAUAGGAUGCUGCCAGCUUCAGAAAUAGAUACAGAAGCUGUGCUAAUGCUGGAUGACGACUUACAAAUUAGUUCUCCUGAUGUAACGUUUGCCUUCUCUGUCUGGAAGAGAUACCCUGACAAGCUGGUGGGCUUUGUGCCACGGACGCACGUGACCACAGCCCCCGGCGUGUACGGCUACAGCUACAACACAGAGGCAGCUGGAGGUGUCAGGUAUUCCAUGACUCUGACAGGCGCUGCGUUCAUCCACCGUCGCUACCUACAGCUCUACCGGGAACAGCCCAGACAGGUGAUUGACAUGGUGGACAAUGGGCAGAACUGCGAGGACAUCACCAUGAACUUCAUCGUGGCCCUUUGGCUGGCAAAGCAGCAGGACGGCGGCGAGUCGAAAGCCCGAGCAGCAGCCGUUUACGUGAAGGCCUUGGACAUGCAGAACCUGGAGGGCGACACCAAGAGCGGGUACCACGGACUGUGGCACAGGAAGGACCACAUGGAGCAGCGCUCGUACUGCCUAAACCAGCUGGCCAAGACCUAUGGCAGCAUGCCGUUGGGCUACUCCAACCUCAUGCUAACCCGUAAACAUCAAUAG